UCUAAUUUCCCAUAAGCCUCCAUGUCCACACUAACCUCGGUCUCAGGGUCCCUUUCCAGUGUCCACAAGGUUCUCGGACUCUGCGUGCUGAGUCGGUCGCGUCCGAGGAAGUAAAUCAGCGCCGGGUGACUGGGAGGGCUCAGCGAGCUGUGGCGGAGUCGGAUCAGAACUGGCAGCGAGGAUGCGGGUGACACUCGGGAGUUGCUGGAAGUAAAAAGGCCGGGACAGCUUGUCGUGUCCAGAGCCUCAAGCCUGCGUGCACGCGAGCAGCUGAGCUGGAUGGUGUGUGACAGACGGCGUGACAGGGCUGAAAGGUGACUCCGUGAUGACUUUGAAGGUGGCUUACCUACUUCAUGUUGAUUGAAGAAUUUUGACAGUGAACAUAUCAUUGUAUUGAUGAGGGACAGCUACAGGACGCUCAAGAGCUGUUGUGGCUUUUCUGGAUCCUGUGCUUCACCAGUAGAGGAAUCAAUGGAUCAUUAAUUARCUCUCACAAUUCUAAAACCAUGACUGAUGAAUUGGUGACAUUCAGGGAUGUGGCCAUCGACUUCUCUCAGGAGGAGUGGGAGUACCUGGACCCGGCUCAGAGGGACUUGUACAUGGAUGUGAUGUUGGAGAACUAUAGUAACUGGGUGUCGCUGGAUUUGGACUCAACAUUUGAGACCAAAAGUAUAUUUUCAAAAAAGGACAUUUUUGAAAUAAAAUUUUCCCGCUGGGAUACAAAGGAAGAAAGUAAAACCCUGGGCCUUGAGGCAUCCAUUUUCAGAAAUAAUUGGAAGUGCAAAAACAAAUUUGAAGGACUACAGAAACAUCAAGAGGGAUACUUAAGUCAAAUGAUUAUCAGCUAUGAAAAAAUACCCACAUACAGAAAAAAUAAAUCUCUUAUUCAACAGGAAAGAAUUCAUGAUAGAGAGAAACCAUGUGUUUGUAAGGAAUGUGGAAAGACUUGUAGUUAUGGCUCAAAACUUGUUCAACAUGAGAGAACUCAUAUAACUGAAAAACGCUUUGAAUGUAAAAAAUGCGGGRAAAACUUUUUUAGUGCCUAUCAACUGAGUGUGCAUCAGAGAUUUCAUACUGGUGAGAAACCCUAUGAAUGUAAAGAAUGUGGCAAGACCUUCAGUUGGGGAUCCAGCCUUAUUAAACAUGAGAGAAUCCAUACUGGGGAGAAGCCCUAUGAAUGUAAAGAAUGUGGGAAAGCCUUCAGUCGUGGCUAUCACCUUACUCAACAUCAGAAAAUUCAUAUUGGUGUGAAGUCUUAUGAAUGUAAGGAGUGUGGGAAGGCGUUUUUUUGGGGUUCAAGCCUUGCUAAACAUGAGAUAAUUCAUACAGGUGAGAAACCUUAUAAAUGUAAAGAAUGUGGGAAGGCCUUCAGCCGUGGCUAUCAACUAACUCAGCAUCAGAAAAUCCAUACUGGUAAGAAACCUUAUGAAUGCAAGGUUUGUGGAAAGGCUUUUUGUUGGGGUUAUCAGCUCACUCGACAUCAAAUAUUUCACACUGGUAAGAAACCCUACCAAUGUAAUGAAUGUGGGAAGACCUUUAAUUGUGGAUCAAGUCUUGUUCAACAUGAGAGAAUCCAUACAGGUGAGAAGCCUUAUGAAUGCAAAGAAUGUGGGAAAGCCUUCAGUCGUGGUUAUCGUCUUACUCAACAUCAGAAGAUCCAUACUGGUGAGAAACCUUUCAAAUGUAAGGAAUGUGGAAAGGCCUUUAGUUGGGGUUCAAGUCUUGUUAAACAUGAGAGAGUCCAUACUGGUGAGAAAUCCUAUGUAUGUAGAGAAUGUGGGAAAGCCUUUGGUAGCAGGUAUCAGCUUACUCAACAUCAGAUAUUUCAUACUGGCAAGAAGYCCUACCACUGUAAGGAAUGUGGGAAGACCUUUAACUGUGGAUCAAGUCUUGUUCAACAUGAGAGAAUUCAUACUGGUGAGAAGCCUUAUCRGUGCAAAGAAUGUGGGAAAGCCUUCAGUCGUGGCUAUCAUCUUACUCAACAUCAGAGGAUCCAUACUGGUGAGAAACCUUUUGAAUGUAAGGAAUGUGGAAAGGCCUUUAGCUGGGGUUCAAGUCUUGUUAAACAUGAGAGAGUCCAUACUGGUGAGAAAUCCUAUGAAUGUAAAAAAUGUGGGAAAGCCUUUGGUAGUGGCUAUCAACUUCAUGUUCAUGAACAAUUUCAUUCCAGUGAGAAACUUUAUCAACAUGAGGAAUUUGGGGAGACCUUUACUCAUAGUUCAAGUCUUGUUAAACAUGAGAGAGUCCAUACUGGUGAGAAAUCCUAUGUAUGUAGAGAAUGUGGGAAAGCCUUUGGUAGCGGAUAUCAGCUUACUCAACAUCAGAUAUUUCAUACUGGACAGCUUAACAUGAGAGACAAGCCCUACAAAUGUGAAAAAUGUGAUAAUACCUUCCGUCGAUUUUCCAGUCUGCAAGCCCAUCAGAGAGUGCACAGUCCUCUGCUAGUCCACCCAGGAGAGAAACCCUAUAAAUGUGAGGAGUGUGGAGUGAGCUUCAGCCAGAGCUCUUAUCUUCAAGUCCAUCAGAGAGUCCACACUGGAAAGAAACCUUAUAAAUGUGAAGAGUGUGGGAAGGGCUUCAGUUGGCGUUCACGACUACAGGCCCAUCAGCGAAUCCACACUGGAGAGAAACCAUACAAAUGCAAUGCAUGUGGCAAGGGCUUUAGUUAUAGCUCACACCUUAACAUUCACUGUAGAAUCCACACAGGGGAGAAACCCUACAAAUGUGAGGAGUGUGGGAAAGGCUUCAGUGUGGGUUCACACCUUCAAGCCCAUCAGAUAAGCCACACUGGAGAGAAACCAUACAAAUGUGAGGAGUGUGGGAAGGGUUUCUGUCGGGCCUCAAAUCUUCUGGACCAUCAGAGAGGCCAUACUGGAGAGAAACCGUAUCAGUGUGAUGCUUGUGGUAAGGGCUUCAGUCGUAGCUCAGAUUUUAACAUUCAUUUUAGAGUCCAUACAGGAGAAAAACCCUAUAAAUGUGAGGAGUGUGGUAARGGCUUCAGUCAGGCCUCAAAUCUUCUGGCCCAUCAGAGAGGCCACACUGGAGAAAAGCCAUACAAAUGUGGUACUUGUGGGAAGGGCUUCAGUCGGAGUUCAGAUCUUAACGUUCACUGUAGAAUCCAUACAGGAGAGAAACCCUAUAAAUGUGAAAAGUGUGGCAAGGCUUUCAGUCAGUUCUCAAGUCUUCAAGUGCAUCAGAGAGUCCACACUGGGGAGAAACCAUAUCAGUGUGCUGAGUGUGGGAAGGGCUUCAGUGUAGGUUCUCAGCUUCAAGCCCAUCAGAGGUGCCACACUGGAGAGAAACCAUAUCAAUGUGCAGAGUGUGGGAAGGGCUUCUGUCGGGCCUCAAACUUUCUGGCUCAUCGUGGCGUCCACACAGGAGAAAAACCAUACCGAUGUGAUGUGUGUGGAAAGCGUUUUCGACAGAGAUCCUACCUUCAAGCCCACCAGAGGGUACACACUGGAGAGAAGCCAUACAAAUGUGAGGAAUGUGGGAAGGUUUUCAGUUGGAGCUCAUACCUUCAAGCCCAUCAGAGAGUUCACACUGGAGAAAAACCAUACACAUGUGAGGAGUGUGGGAAGGGCUUCAGUUGGAGCUCAAGUCUUAUAAUUCAUCAGAGAAUCCAUGCUGAUGAUGAGGGUGAUAAGGACUUCCCUUCAUCAUAAACUGUAAAAUUUUAUGUUUUAGUAUCUCAAAUGUGUGCUGAAAUAGUCCAAUUA